GACUCACGUAAUCAGUCUUGAAAACAAUGUGCAAGGGUAAACUUUCACAGUCAAGCCAUCCUGCUAAUGCCCUUAACUGCUCAGAGGAUUCAAGAAGCUACAGACAUGUCUACUGAGCUUCCUGGAACAACAGAGGUUACAGAAAUGGACACUUCCACAGCUUCUCAGACCAACAUUUCCAACUGUGACUUAUACGAGCACAAAGAUACAGCACGGAUACUACUGUCUGUCUUCUACAGCUGCAUCUUAAUUCUUGGGGUGCUUGGAAACGCCAUUGCCCUCACUGUCAUUUUUAAACACAGAAAGAAGAUGAACUCCACUACCCUUUAUUCAACAAACCUCGUCUUCUCCGAUCUCCUGUUCUGUAUCGCCCUGCCUACAAGGAUAGCGUACUAUGCCCUGGGAUUUGACUGGCCCUUUGGAGAAGCACUGUGUCGAAUAACUGCUCUCUUGUUCUAUAUCAACACCUAUGCAGGUGUAAACUUCAUGACGUGUCUGAGCAUUGAUAGGUUCUUCGCUGUUGUCCACCCCUUCCGAUACAAGAUCAGAAGGAUUAAAUAUGCCAAGGGCAUUUGUGUCUUUGUCUGGUUUCUUGUAUUUAGUCAGACUUUCCCAUUACUUAUCCAAUCCAUGUCACAGGAAGAAAAAGAAAGGACUACAUGUAUGGAAUAUCCAAACUUUGAAAAAAUAGCACACCUACCCUUUAUACUUCUUGCUGCCUGUUUCAUAGGGUACCUUAUUCCCCUGGGGAUUAUACUCUUUUGUUACUCUCAAAUUAGCUGCAAACUCUUUCAAACAGCUAAGGAAAACCCACUGACUGAAAAAUCAGGGAUAAACAAAAAAGCCAUCAAUACAAUCAUAUUUGUAAUUAUAGUGUUCAUCAUUUGCUUUACUCCUUAUCAUGUUGCAAUCAUACAACACAUGAUUAAGAAGCUUCAGAAUGAGCCCUUGUGCAAUGAAAAGAAAAUUUUCCAGAAGUCACUCCAUUAUACUGUAUUUCUGAUGAACUUUAACUGCUGCCUAGAUCCUUUCAUCUAUUUCUUUGCCUGCAAAGGGUACAAGAGAACUGUAAUGAAAAUACUGAGACGACAAGUGAGUGUAUCCAUUUCAAGCGCUGUCAGGUCACAUCAUGAAGAAAGCUCACGUGACGUUGGAGAAACACAAAUGAUGAUACUUGCAAAGCCUCCCAAUGGAAAGCUACCUGAAAAAUAG